CCGCGGUAGAUUUUCUGUGAUUUUCGUUGGAAAAGUUUGCACUUUUGUGUCGUUAUCUGUGUGAAAUUGUUGGAAAGUGUUUCCGGACGGAUAGCAGCAGAGGGGCGAGUACAGAAAAUUUGUUUUUGUAAUGGGUGGAGUCGAUACGACUAGGUGGAAACCACGACGAACUCAGGGCACGGUCAUCAACAAAACUCGUAACAAGUUCGCCUGGGCAGUUCUGGCCAUUGGGACUACCUCGUUUGCUGUUUACUAUUCCAUUUUCAGAUACCUCGGAGGGGACGAGCUGAAAGAGCGAAUGCGAAGGGACUUCUUCGAGAAAACGGACGAAGAGGUUGAUCGGAGGAAUUUGAUGCGGUUCAGUUUGCUUGCUCCCCGGCGAGGCGAUUCCAUCAGACAGUUGCUCGAGGAGCAGGAAUCCGAUCGGAAGCAGAAGUGAAGAUGGCAAGCGGCAGUGGUAGAACUAAGAUUAAGUACGCUAAGUUAAGGCUAUUCAAGCCGUCACCUUCUGGCAGCAGAAGUCAACCGGACUUGGAGAAGAAUGAAGGGUAAUUUGCUUGGUUACUUCAUCUGUUAAUCCUGUUGAUAUAAUUUAUAGUUUAUUGUUAGACCAAAGCCGGGAAUAAAAA